CUUUGUGUUGCAGAUCACCGUGAGAGACAUCAUUUGGCCUCAUCUCACAGUAAAUUUUGAAACUUUUUUUUACCGAAAAGUUGUUCAUUUGAGGUUGUACCCCUUUCUCACGAUUAAAGCAACAAUUAUUUUGUUGUGCCGAAAUUAAAAUCAGGUUUGAUGCUGGAUUUUUUUUCACGUUGUCAAUAUGUGAUGUAUAUGAAUUUGAGCCCAAGAUGCAUCUGCUACUUAGUACUUACCCGUUUCCGUGGAAUGAUGGAUCAUACAUCAUGCAUGAAUAUUCAUAUUGGGCAAUUUUUUUUAUAUCAUUUUUAAUGUUUAUGGAAUAUAUAGGAGCAAUUAGGUAUUCAGUGACCAUUUUUAGGAAAUCUGGACUGAAAAUGGAGUUUUUUGCGGGGUAUACCAGAGUAACAGGGCAUUUUGUGGGGAUAUAUCUUACUAACUUUAUUUGUGUAGGGAUAUAGCAACCUAAAUUUAAGUUUUGUUAAAAGGUAUCAAAAAUAUUAUUUCCGUCAAGAAAGUCAAAUUUUCGGACUGACUUGGUAGGAACUCGGAGAGAGACAAAGUGAUAGUGAGGAAGUUGGAGGGUAAUGAUUGUAAUAGAAGCAAUUGAAUAUCACACAUUAUGAAAAGAGUAAUUAAGUAAGUCAAAGAUCGAAAAUUUGACUUUCUCGCUAGAAAUAGUAUUAUGGGUACUUUUAAAUAAUACUUAAAUUUAGGUUGGUAUAUCCCCACAAAGAAAAACUUGAAAAAAUAUGGUGAAAUUGAAUUAUGAAAUUCAAUAAUUGUGCAUGGUUUAACCUAUUUUCUCCUCUCACCACUAAAAAAAUGUACGAAUUUGCGCAAUGAGGAUAUUAAGCGGGAAAAUAAAGGAAUUAAUGACAAAUUUUAAGACCCUGAGCACAUAGAUUUAGAAAACUACGAAUUUGUUGCUGCUGCUUUGAUCAUCUUCCAGUGGUUGGGGGUACCGUCCUGCUGCAAUGCGUGGCUCCAAAAAAUUGGUGCAUCAGUUUUACUGCCAUGCUAGAGACAAAAGCAAAGAACAAAACCAAUUAGUCAAAAUAACUUGCCAUAAAAGUAUAGUCAAAACUCAAAAUCUUUUAUAUUACUUGUAGUUAUGUUAUAGUUUAGGUAUUAUCCAUGAAACUUGAUAUUUUAUCCAAAAUCAUCAUCAUACUGUACUUGUGCAAGUCCUUAUUCAAGAUUUGCUGAUAACAUCAUAAGUAAAUCUUACAAGUCUUCUGAUUCUUUAAUUUCUUUUGCGAUUUUCACAAAACUGAAGUAAAUGGGUUGGUUGAAGUUGAGUGAAAAACUUGCCCUAAAAGCAAGGACUUGUUUGUUAAGAAUCUGUUGGUAAUUCCCCUCUUAUUCUGACUUACUAUUUGGUAAUGUUUGGUGAAGAUAGUAGAUACUGAUUUCUCAACUCCCAGCUUCAAGGACAACUUAGUUAAUUAAUGAUCAAUUAACUUGGAGUUUUGCUUAUAUGUAUGCAUAUAUUUUAAAAGUCAUUAGCUUAACUCAAAAACAUCGGUUUUUAUGGUUUCUUUGCUGAUUACUACAGGCAGUGGCUGCCAGUAACAUGGACAAGCUCUUAGCUGCACGACAGUGCCUAAGAGACAGUCUUGAGAAAUCAAAAUCUGUAGCCUCUCACAUUGAUGAAACUAAGUCAACAUUACAAAAAAUAAACAAAAACUUGCCGUUGUUAUCAACUGAGCUUCGCUCUACUUACACCAGAAAAUCAACCCUUUGUGCGAUAAGAGAGCAUGCCGACAGAGCCUUUGGACCCGUAGCAGCAGUUCUGAAGAUAUAUGAUUCUGUCCGUGGGCUUGAGUUGUCACUAAUGGCUGGGCCUACUGGUGGUGAUAUUGUAGGUUACUUGUCAGUAGUGAAGCAACUUGAAGAGGCGUUGGUGUUUUUGUCUGACAAUUGUGGGUUAGCAGUGCAGUGGAUGGAGGAUAUGGUGAAGCUCUUAGACGAAAAUGUAAUGGCUGAUGAUAAGUACAUAUUAAAUGUGAAGAAAUCCUUGAGGAUUCUCUUGGAGAUGAAGGCUAUGGAGGCUCAUGCUAGGCUCAACGGAGGACUUCUAACUGAGUCAUUGAACAAAGUAGAGCUCGGGUUCAGGCAGCUGGUCAAGGAUAAUCCUCGUAACUCCCAAGUUCAAACCAUCAUUGAGAGGUUAAAAGCUAAUGAUAGGCUUGAGAAUUGCAUGACUAUCUUUGUAGAUGCGAGGAGCUCAAAUGCACGGGCAGCUUUACAAGAGCUUAAUUUGAGCUACCUUGAAAUAGAAAUUUCUGAAUCAGAUUCUAUACAGAAAUUUGAAGAGCAUACAAUUCAAUGGGGGAAGCAUAUGGAAUUUGCUGUGAAACAUAUACUUCAACCAGAGUGCGAGCUCUGCAAGAGCGUUUUUGAGAAGUUUGGCUUGGAGAGUUCUCUUGGAUGCUUUGCGAAAAUCACAGCUCAAUCAGGGUUCUUAGAACUUCUUGGAUUUGGUACUAGAGUUACUGAGGCCAAAAAAGAUGCAAUUAAGCUUCUGAAGUUGCUAGACAUAUUUGCAAUCUUGGACAACCUUAGGGUAGACUUCAACACACUCUUUGGCUCAAAAGCAUGCCUGGAGAUCCAACAUCUUACGAGAGACCUCAUCAAACGGGUAGUUGAUGGAGCGUGUGAGAUAUUCAAGGAACUAUCCCUUCAAGUAGAGGUUCAAAGGUACAACAUGAUGCCCCCAUCAGAUGGUAGUGUGCCUCGGUUGGUGACCUUUGUCACUAAUUACUGUCUCAUGCUCCUUAAGGACGAAUACAGGCUGAAGCUCUCACAAGUCCUCUCAAUUCAUCAAAUUUGGCAUACGAAAAAAACCCACAAGGGGAUUCUAAGAGAAGAAUUCCGAAACAUACUCAAUUCCUUGGAAGUUAACUUAGAGACAUGGUCAAAGACCUUUGAGGACACUGCCUUGUCCUACUUUUUUCUGAUGAACAAUUACAUACACCUGUAUGAAUUCUUGCAGGGAACAGUUUUUGGCGAUGUCAUGGGAGAAAAGUUGCUAAGCGGGUAUAAGCAAAAGAUACGAAACUAUGCUGAAUCUUACUUAAAAAAUAGCUGGGGAAAGCUUCCGACAAUUCUAAGUGAAGAUGACUUAAUAUUAUUCUCCCCUGGAAGAACAAGUACUCAAGAAUUGGUGAAGAAAAGACUUCGAGAAUUCAAUGACACAUUUGAAGAAAUUUAUAAGAAUCAAUCUGAGUGGGUGGUGACGGAUAAUGCAUUGAGAGAGAAGGCAUGCCAACUUAUAGUUCAUGCAGUUAUUCCUACUUAUCGGUCUUAUAUUCACAACUACAGUUACUUGGUGGAGUAUGGUUCUAGUCCCAGUAAAUAUGUUAAGUACUCUGCAUCAAGCUUGGAAGCUAUGCUUAACUCUUUGUUCUUAUUCCAGCCUAAUAUAACCAAAUUUGCGCGUAGCAACAGCUCUAAAUCCAAUCAUUUGAUGGGUAAACUUAGAAAUGUUGUUGCUAAUCAGUUUCGUGUUGUUCCGAUCACUACAUGAACUGUUGUAUAUAUUUAGCUCUUCUGUUUCCUGUUUCCUGUUGUACAUCAAAGACUGAAAUGCAUUUCUCUGAGUUUGUAAUUA